CUUCGAUGACUCAUGGCUUUUCGAAUCAUGGAACAGGCUGUCGAUUUUUUGACCUUUCCCCACACUUUUGCGGCAGUCGGGUUGCCUUCUCCUCUGCCCGCUGAAGCUAGUCCUAGGUGCAGGUAUCCAGCUUACAAACACCCAGGUUGCCCGUAUUCCCGACAUAUUUCAGCGAGCCCAGAACAUGAGCAUGGUCGGUAGCUCUCGCCGGAGUGGAACACGCGAAAAACACCCCCCAACCAUGCUGGUGUCAACACCAGCAGACACCGCUGAAGCGCCGGAACAGCAGCAUCCCGAGGGUCUCAAGAUCGGCAAGCACCAGUUCUCGGACGCUUCGGUCGAGCUAGAGAUCGAAGAUACCCUGUUUGCCGUUCACAAGAGCGUACUUGCGUACAACAGUACGUUUUUCGCCGAUAUGUUCAGCGGAAAGUGGAAGGAGGGAGGUACCGCUCAGCAGCCCGUCGACAAACCUCCCCGAGUCAAGCUGGGGGGUAUCAAAGCCCAUGCUUUUGCGAUGUUUCUCGAUGUCAUUUAUGAUCCAUACCGACACGACGAGGUUUGGCUCGACCUCAACAACCUGCUGGCCUUGUCGGACGUUUGUGACUACCUCCACUGCGACUUAAUUAACGAGCAGAUAAAGCUUCAUAUCGAGGACGAGUUUGAAAUCACUUGGAACAACGUCGAAGACAUUCUGUCGAGAUGCAACCCGCUCAUCGAGAACCAAGGAGUGUUGCGGACAGAAUGCGAGCACUGGCUCUGUGGGGUUGACGAAACGAAGACCAUGCAAGCACUCUUCUUGGCAGAGAAGCACAACCUCAGCAUUGUCCUGGAUCUGAGCGCUGAUCCCCUGGGUGCACGGGUGCCGCAGUUUCCUUAUAAAUCUGAACAUUUCAAGCUGCUUUCGGCAGAGCUUCGCGAACGUGUUCUGUUGACCGUGCUCAAGAAAUAUGACCCUGACGAGAUGAUCAGUGAGGCUCAACCACCUACGCACUUUGAUUAUCAAUACGAAUGGGAAGAGCAGCGCCGUCGCGAGCAAGGCGCGAGACACCCAGCCACUGAGAACUUCCGCGGGUUUGCCUGCCGAAUCGCCCACAGGCUUCGCAACCGGCAACCUGCUGUCCAGCCCCGCCCGCCAUCAAGGGAGUCGUCAUACACAAACAGCGAGCCAGCCGCGCUGAGCGAACUGAGCGAUCAAGAGGUUUAGCGACGGCGCG